AUGGACAAAAGCACUCUGACCGUAUCAUCAGAGAUAGGUAGGCUCUGCCACGUGAUACUCGUUCUCGUGGUUCACGUUAUGCUCACGGGAAGGAAUACAUAUCCAGAAGAUGUAAGGUGCGACACGAAUGGAGAAUGGGCUGGUGGGGCAGUUCCUUAUGAACGUGUCUCAAAUUCAAAGACUCGGCAUUCCAUAGAAAACCGGGAUCAUCAGGAAUCUGUGGAGGCUCACACUAGUUCGGAGCGUCAAAAUAAGAAAGCAGCUAGUGUUGUUAUCUCACCGGCGGUACAACAUUUACCAAUGGAAGACAAUGUUACUAUAAGAUCUAGGGGUGUGGCUAGUUCUCUUUGCUUCGAUCAGCAGGAGGUUGUGGGUGAGAAUGAACAAAUUAUUGGAGCACUCUCAGAUAUGGAAGUUAACGAAUUAAACGAAGGAGAUAUCG